AUGGAAGAUUCCCAGCUACCGUUGGUCCGGUCGGCAAGUGGUGCAUGCGACGCAUGGUCAAGGUUGGAAGACCACUUCGAGAAGAAGAGUCUUGCCAACAAGCUGUUCUUGCGCCGUCGCUUCUUCACGACAAUGAUGGAAGAAGGCGACGAUGUGCUCGAACACAUCAACAAGCUCAAGACGCUGGCGGAACAGCUAGAAGCGGUGGGGGGCUCCACUUUGGAGUCGCGCUCAGACACUCUUAGCUGGGAGCUCGUGACAUCUCGACUGCUUCAUGAAGAAAUGAAGCGGAAGGAGCAAGGAAGUAAAGGUGAUGAAGCUUCGCAAGGUCAAGCGUUCAUCACAAGGGACAAUCAGCGCAAAGGGCGACCAGUGAAGAAGUCCUGGCCGUGCCACAAUUGCGGAAAGAUUGGUCACUGGAUGGCGGAGUGCCCCUCGCGCAUCCAAGAAAACACGGAGAGACACCGGCCACAGCGUGCUCAAGACAGCGGCGACCGCUAUCGAUCACAACGUGCAAACGUCGCUCAAGAAGAAGACUCGGGAGACUACCUCUUUUCGAUCGGUGAAACGACAUCUGCGAAAUCGAGCGACAUCUGGCUGGUCGACUCCGGGGCGACGCAGCACAUGACGUGCUCCAAGAAGUUCAUGCGGAACUACAAGGGGGUUUGA